AUGGCUUUUUCCCUUACUAAACGUCCUUUACUUGACCCAACAAAUGAUCUUAUCGUUAAUGAAAAUCAAAUUAGUUAUCAAAGCAAAAGACCUAUUAAAUCAGAAAAUUCUUCUUUUAAAAGAUCUUCACCUUGUCCUCGAGUUGAAGUGUCAGUUGAAGAACUCAUUCGAAUGAGUGGUAAAACAUCUUUCACAGCUGAAGAAACUCAAGGCAUAGUCCUUACAGCAAUUAGAAUCAAUGAACAACGUAUUAGAGAAGAAUAUGAAAAUAUUUUAAACAAUAAGUUAAAAGAACAAUUUCAAGCUUUUACAUCAACUCAACGGUAUUAUCUUGCUAAACAAUAUGGUGAGUCUGAUGUUCCGUAUUAUCUUUGA